AUGGAGAACUCCAGAAAAGGAAGAUUUAUGGGUGCGGUCUGCUACGACCUGAGCCGCUGCUGGCAAGUAGUGGAGACUCCCCACUACUCGAAUGUUGUCUACCGCCUGAUGACAUACAACCUGUUGGCCCCGGAUAUGGUAGUGAAGCACAAGUCGCACUAUGGGGGCUUCGAAGAGCAGCAUCUGAAUUGGGGAAAUCGUCUGAACAAGCUCACGCAAGAGGUGCAAGUCCUCAAUCCGGACAUCCUCUGUCUGCAGGAGGUCCAGUGCAGUCAUCUGCCGCAGAUCAUGCGACGCUUCAAGGCGACCACCAUGCGGAGCUACAAUUACAUAUUCCAGCAAAAGUUGGAGAGCGAAUCCGAUGGUAUAGCCAUCAUCUACGAUAUGAUAAAGCUCGAGCUGAUCGGCCAUCGGGCCUUGGGGCGCCAAAUCCAGGAGCCCAACAAGCGUGAGGACUUCGAUCGCUUUGCCCUCAUGGGAAAGUUCAACCUGACCGGUACUCCCAAUCAGCUGAUCGUGUGCAGUGCCCAUCUACUGCAGGGCAGUCCCCUGGGUACGGAUGAACGCCCAGACAUUGUGCAACGUCUGCGCAGCGAACUACUCCAAUAUAGCCGCGACCACGAGAACGGCCACUGCAUUCCAAUCAUCCUCGGUGGAGACUUCAACUUUUCGAGCGGCACCAAACCCUUCCGCACCCUGACGACGCCCACCGUCUACUCAGCCUGUUCCAAGCAGUUGGUGCCCGUCUACACCACUACCACCAAGCAGGUGUCCGCCUACGACACGAAGCAGGGCUGGAUCGAUGCCGAUCAUAUUUUCUACUCGAAGGGCUGUCCGCUCUACAAUAUACGUCCUUGCAGCUACUACCUGCUGCCACGCAUCUGCUUAGAGCAACUACCCAACCAUUUCCUCGGCUCAGACCACUACUGUCUGGCCGUCAACUUCACUGUGAAUUAG